AUCCCACCCUCCACCACUGUCCUAGAGAUCGACAUCGCCGGAGAUGAAGCUCGCCGGCGGCAGUGUAGCACUGAUCCUCCUCGUAUCUUCCUUCGUCGCCGUUGACGGCUUCGCGGCCAGCGGAUGGACAUCGGGGUCGGCCACAUUUUACGGCGGAAGCGACGCCUCUGGAACCAUGGACGGAGCGUGCGGGUACGGCAACUUGUAUUCGACAGGGUACGGCACGAACACCGCGGCGCUGAGCACGGCGCUGUUCGGCGACGGCGCGUCGUGCGGGCAGUGCUACAGGAUCACCUGCGACUCCGAGGCGGACCCUCAAUGGUGCCUCCCCGGCGGCCCCUCCGUCACCGUCACCGCCACCAACUUCUGCCCGCCGACUUACGAUCUCCCCAGCGACGACGGCGGUUGGUGCAACCCACCGCGUCAGCACUUCGACAUGGCCCAGCCUGCCUGGGAGAAGAUCGGCAUCUAUCGCGCCGGCAUCAUCCCUGUCCUCUUCCAAAGAGUGCCAUGUGUAAAGCAAGGGGGAGUCCGGUUCACGAUCAACGGGCACGACUACUUCGAGCUCGUGCUCGUGACCAAUGUGGGUGGCAGUGGGUCUGUGCAAUCAUUGUCGAUCAAGGGCCGAUCGAGCACCGGAUGGAUAGUGAUGUCGAGGAAUUGGGGGGCGAAUUGGCAAGCCAAUGCCUACUUGGACGGCCAAUCUAUCUCCUUCCGUGUCACCACUACCGACGGCCAAACCCUAGUUUUCAACGACAUCGUGCCAUCGAAUUGGGCAUUCGGCCAAACAUUUACUAGCUCACUUCAAUUUUCAUAGAUUGGUCGCGCGCGCAGUCGUUGUGCAAUUUGUGCUUAAACUUUUAAGUAGAGGGAAAAUUUCAAAUGGAUGACCAUGGCAGAGGUAUGUCGAGUUGUGCUCGAUCGAGUUGCCCGCCUCACUGAAGUA